AUGAGCAUAUUGCAAAGAAUAGCCCGAACGCUGGGCUUGGGCAAAUGGAAAUACAUGGUCGGUCAGGAUCUUGCCGGGAACUGUUACCUCGAAUUGCCCUCUCUCUCCGGGUCGAUCGAUCCACGUCACACCCGACGUUCCAUCCAAUGGCGCGAGAAAAAGGAACUCGGCGAUUACGACCAACGUUCGAUCCCUGUGCAAUGGGUCAUGUGGUUACGCCAUACACGACGGGAAGCACCGACGGUCGAAGAACUUGUUCGUGAUCGUCAACGUAUCCUUACCACCCAAGCUAACGCACAGAAAUUGGCACUGCAAGAUAGAGCAACGAGGCAAAGAGAACAGCAGGCAAGGUUGGAACAACAUACCGAGGCAAAGGAGAGGGCGCAAAAGCUAAUGCAGAGUCCAGUAAUGGCGGAGAUCGGCGCCACAUUGGAGCAAGAGAGAGUGGCGCAUGAUGAUGUUUGGGCUGCUAGUCGCGCUAGGUUAGCUGCGAACGGCCAGUUGCCGAUAGAGCGCGACGGAGGCGAUCCGGAUUCCUUACAGCAAGCGAUGGAGAGGAGGGCGGCGAGGAGAGAGGCCAAGAGUCAAGAGGAAGCGGAGAGGGAAAGGGCAAGGAGGGAGAUGAGCAAGUCACCUUUGGAUGCUUUCGUGCCUAUGCCUAAGGCUAGAAAGUAA